AUUAACAUGACACAUUUGUAUAGUGACAGCCAAAAGAUAAGGGUUCGCCAAUUAAGUGUUUUGGAUGAUAAACAUCAUGAUAACACCACUAAGAAGAUAUCGUCUUUAUUAAAAGACCACCAAUCUUACAUGAAAAUAUUAAAGAACAAAGGCUACACCAUCAUUGGAUAUUGUAGAAGAUCCGAUCUCAGAAAAAGAGAAAAAAUCUCCAAAGCCUACUGCAACAAAUGAUGGACAAUCUGUGCCGAUGCUCUUUGGCCGACCGCGUGUUCGUUUUGUCAUGUUGCAACGCCAAUGUGCCUUUGCUACAAAGAGAUAUGAAUAGCGAAACGGUGCUUUUCUCAUCCAUGGUGAUUCAAAAGAUAAACGAAAGAUUUGCAUUGUAUACUUGGAUUAUGCCGGUUUAACUAUAGAUACCCUCGACCUCCA